CUCUGCCUCUCGGCUUCCCGACAGCCUUCCUGGCCGAGGCGUGGCGCGCCUCAGUGCUGUGAGGACCGGGCCGCGCGAAGUACGCGAACCACCGGGCCAACGGCGUGCUUGGAGACGCGACGGACGAGGGUUCGGUCCAGGACGCGUGUGCGGGGCGCGGACUAACAAACGUGACAAGGAUCCAGGAUUAUGUGACACUGCAAGGCAAGCCCUGACGGAGCUCGCAACGCGUUCCGCAUCUCAGAGGAGGGAAGCCCCAGCGCGGGCUCACCGGCUUGGCCAUGGACCUCCACCGACUUCUCAGAUCACUGGGGUUAUUAAUAUUCAUUCUAGCAACGUACUUCAGUUCAGCAAUAGCGAGACAUCCGAUCCGACACCACCAUGACGCGGUGAGCCGAGGGCUGGUCCGCUACAGACGGCAGCACGGUGCGGGGCAGCCCGAGGAGCGGCGGCAGUCCGAGCACCCCCACCAGGCGCAGGGCCAGGCCGACUACCAGCCGCAGACCUACGUGUGGGGCGGCAGCUCGGCGCACGAGGGCGCCGGCGGCGGCGACUGGGGGCCGUGGUCCGCCCCCGGGGCCUGCUCCAGGUCCUGCGGGGGCGGCGUGGCCUCCCAGACGAGGCAGUGCCUCGGGCCCAGGUGCUCGGGUGCAGACCUCCGGUACUUCUCGUGUAAUAUACAAGACUGUCCGCCGACGGCGGUCGACUUCCGCGCCGAACAGUGCGCAGAGUUCGACAGGCAGCCGUUCGAGGACAGAUACUACUCGUGGGUGCCGUACACCAAGUCCACCGAGGUCUGCGAGCUGAACUGCAUGCCGCGCGGCGAGCGCUUCUACUACCGCCACCGGAGGAAGGUGGCCGACGGCACCCGCUGCGACGAGGAGCGCCAGGACGUGUGCGUCGACGGCCGCUGUCUGCCCGUGGGCUGCGACCUGAUGCUGGGCUCCUCGCGAAGGGAGGACCAGUGCCGCGAGUGUGGCGGCGACGGCUCGGGCUGCACCACGUACCAGAGGCAGUUCGAGAUCAACGACCUCCAAGCCGGCUACAACGACAUCCUGCUCAUCCCCUCCGGCUCCACCAACAUCCGCGUCCGGGAGGUGAAGCCCUCCAACAACUACUUGGCGGUGAGGAACACCAGCGGCCACUACUACAUCAACGGCAACUGGCGGAUCGACUACCCGCGCACCUUCAACUUCGCCGGCUGCAUCUUCCACUACGAGCGCAAGCCGCAGCCCGAGUUCUUCGCGCCGGAGAGCCUGUUCGCGCUGGGCCCCACCAACGAGGACCUGUACAUCGUGAUGCUGUACCAGGAGCCGGGCCCCGGCCUGGAGUACGAGUACAGCGUGCCGAAGGGCAUCGCGAGCCGCCUCAACGACCCCGACAGCUACGCGUGGCAGACGGACGAGUUCUCGGGCUGCAGCGCCACGUGCGGCGGCGGCUACAAGGUGCGGCGCGUUUGGUGCGCGCGCAAGCGGGACAUGGAGAUGGUGGCCAACGGGCUGUGCAACACCGCCACCAUCCCCGUGGCCAACCAGACCUGCGCGCCCGAGCCCUGCCCGCCCGGCUGGAUCACGGACAGCUGGAGCGCCUGCAGCGAGUCCUGCGGACGCAACGGCACGCGCACCCGCCAAGUCUACUGCGGCCAGAUCAUGGGCAACGGGCUGCCCACCGUGGUGGACGAGGGCACCUGCAGGAUGCUCAACGUGCCCAAGCCCGCCACCAGCGAGCCCUGCGGCACGGACUCCAUCUGCCCGUCCUGGUUCAAAGGGCCGUGGAAGGCGUGCGACAAGCUGUGCGGCGAAGGCAAGCAGCGCCGCCAGGUGACGUGCUACCUGCGGCGCGACGGCCGCAUCGAGAUCCUGGGCGACAACUACUGCCCCAACGCCAAGCCCGCCGCGGAGCAGGACUGCUUCCUGCGGCCGUGCGAGGGCGUGGACUGGGUCACGUCGCCGUGGAGCGGGUGCGAAGACAGCUGCGGCCUGGUGUCCGAGAGCAGGACGGCGGUGUGCGCCUCCAAGUCCGGCAAGAUCUACCCCGACUCCCAGUGCCACGCCUACCGCAAGCCCAAGCUGGAGCGCGAGUGCCUCGGCGGCGGCGCCUGCGACUACGAGUGGUUCGCCUCGCAGUGGAGCAAGUGCUCGUCCAAGUGCGGCGCCGGCGUGCGCACCAGGAAGGUGUUCUGCUCGUCCUGGGACAACGACACCCUCACCCACGCCGACGACGACAAGUGCGACCCCGAGCUCAAGUACCACGACUCGGAGGAGUGCGUGGGCAACGCCACCUGCAAGGGUGCCUGGUACUCCGGGCCCUGGUCUGAGUGCUCUAAGCUCUGCGGCGGCGGCGAGAUGACCCGCAAGGUGCUGUGCAUCCUCAACAACCAGACCGUCCCCAUCACGGAGUGCGACGCGGACCUGACAGCGGACAGCAGCGACUCUUGCAACACACACGCCUGCGGAGAAGACGAGACAUUGUCGGUGUCCGCGUCCCCCAUCACGUCGGCCAGCCCCGAGGAGGUGUCCACCAUCGAGAGCAUGGACGACGACGAGGACUGCCUGGAGUACGAGGAGGAGGAGGAGGUCAUCGAGGUCCGCGGCGGCUGGGGGCUGCUGGAGGACGACGACGAGGAAGACACCACGGACGAACCGGAACCGACUGAGGCAAGCUCUGUGCCGUCCGCGACAGAGCCUGGCUCCGCCGCCACGGACUCCACCGCGGCCACCGAGACCAGCGGCACUGACGCCACCGGCGCCACCGACGCGUCCGCGGCCACAGACGCCACCUCGGGCACGGACGUGACGGAGGCCAGCUCUGGCACCGACGGCACCGCGGGCACCGCGGCAAGCGUCGGCACUGACGCCAGCGCCGCGACGGAGUCCAGCGCGGGCACCGAGGCCAGCUCCGGCACGGACGCGACCGCCGCGACGGAGUCCAGCGCAGGCACCGACGCCACAUCCGAGGCCAGCACGGACGCCACCACCGACGCUACGACCACCGACGCCACGACCACUGACGCCACGACCACCGACGCCACGACCGUCCAACCAGCAGGCGCUACGGAGCAAAUGAGUGCCGACGACCCCGGCGCAGGCGCGGCCGCGACGGACGUCCCCGCCGACGCCUCGACCACGGACGCCUCGACGACCGACGCUUCGACGACCGACGCCGCCACCACGGAGGCGUCCUCCACGGAUGCGACAUCCGCCGCGUCAGUGGACGCCUCGGCUGCCACUGACGUGUCCAGCGCCACGGAGUCCGCCGCCGCCACCGAGUCCUCGGCCGCCUCCGUCGACGCGUCCGGGGCCACGGCGGCCACGGACACCAGCACCGACUCCACGGCCGUCGGAGUGCGCGCCGGCGCCACGGACUCGACCGCCGACUCCGCGGCCACGGACGCCACCGCGGAUAGCGCGGCCACGGACUCAUCCGUGACGCCCGGCAUGGACACGGCCUCCAGCGUGACCGAGAGCACCUCCUCCGUGUUCGACCCGUGGGGCUCCACGACGUCGGCCACCCUGGACGAGGUGACGGGCAAGAGGAAGCGCAAGUGCAAGAGGAGGAAGCGGAAGAAGCCAGACCCCGCCAAGUGCCACGCCUACGAGUUCGGCUGCUGCUGGGACAAGGAGACCGAGGCCAAGGGACCGUUCGGCGAGGGCUGCCCCGAGGCCAAGACCUGCAAGGAAACCAAGUUCGGCUGCUGCUCCGACGAGGUGUCCCCCGCCGACGGACCGGACCAGGAGGGCUGCCCGGUGUCGCAGUGCGCGGAGAGCCUGUUCGGCUGCUGCCAGGACAAGACGAGCGCCGCGCAGGGCAACAACUUCGAGGGCUGCCCCGAGCCGGAGACGCUGCCUUUCGACUGCAAGAAGACCCAAUUCGGCUGCUGUCCGGACGGAGUGAUGGCCGCGCAGGGCAAGAAGUACCAGGGCUGCUUCGAGUGCGAGGGCUCGGGCGAGUGCAACUCGUGCAAGGACACCAAGUACGGCUGCUGCCCCGCCAGCGAGCGCGCCGCCACGGGGCCUUUCUUCCAAGGCUGCGAGGGCCUCUGCGCCAAGACCAAGUACGGCUGCUGCCCGGACAACAAGACCCCAGCCAAGGGCAAGAAGAACAAGGGCUGCCCCAAGGCCGCCUGCACCAAGGAGAAGAACGGGUGCUGUGCGGACGGCAUCACCCCCGCGCACGGCCCGGACCAGCUGGGCUGCUGCAUCAACACCGAGUUCGGAUGCUGCCCCGACAACAUGACCCCCGCCAAGGGGCCCAGGAACGAAGGCUGCACGUGCGAGAACACCAAGUGGGGCUGCUGCCCGGACAACUACACCAUCGCGACGGGCAAGAACAACUCGGGCUGCGGCUGCUACUACACGGAGCACGGCUGCUGCCCCGACGGCGUCACGGCGGCCCCCGAGGCCGGCUACAAGGGGUGCCCGUGCUGGACCUACCAGUUCGGCUGCUGCCCCGACGGCGAGACGGUGGCGCGCGGGCCCAGCGAGGCGGGCUGCGGCUGCGAGAACACCGAGUUCGGCUGCUGCGAGGACGGCGUCACCAAGGCCUCGGGCCCCGGCCGCGGCGAGGGCUGCCACUGCGCCGCGUCGCGCUUCGGCUGCUGCCCCGACGGCAACUCCACGGCACAGGGCACGCGCUUCGAGGGCUGCGCCGACAAGCCGUUCAACCCGUCAGAGGGCUGCAUGCUGGAGAAGGACCGCGGCACCUGCCGCAACUUCACCGCCUGGUGGUUCUUCGACAAGGAGUACGGCGGCUGCGCGCGCUUCUGGUACGGCGGCUGCGAGGGCAACGCCAACCGGUUCCGCAGCCAGGACGAGUGCAGGGACGUCUGCGUGGAGCCGCAAGGGCGAGACGUGUGCAGCCUGCCCAAGAUCGAGGGCCCGUGCGAGGGCUACUACCCCACUUGGUACCACGACCAGGAGAGCGGCCAGUGCAGACAGUUCAUCUACAAGGGCUGCCUGGGCAACGCCAACCGCUUCAAGACCCGCGAGGAGUGCAACAGUCUCUGCGUGCCAGAAACGCUGGACGCGUGCUCAGCCCCGGUGGAGCCCGGCCCCUGCAACGGCUCGACCCCGCGAUGGUACUUCGACAAGGACUCCAGGACGUGCCACCAGUUCGCGUACGGCGGCUGCAAGGGCAACAAGAACAACUUCGCCACCCAGGCCGCCUGCCUGUACAAGUGCAACAAGCCCGGCGAGAGCCGCGAGGUGUGCGGCCUGGCCAAGGAGCAGGGCGACUGCACCGAGAAGCUGGCCCGGUGGUCCUUCGACGCGAGCGAGAACAGGUGCGUGCCGUUCUACCACUCGGGCUGCGGCGGCAACGGCAACACCUUCGCCACCAAGCAGACCUGCGAGGCGGACUGCCCCAAGCGAGUCGCCCAGGACGUGUGCAUGCAGCCCGCGCUGACCGGCGAGUGCCACAACUACACGCAGCGCUGGUACUACGACGCCCUGGAGGCGCAGUGCAAGCCCUUCUACUACGGCAACUGCGGCGGCAACCACAACAACUUCCAGACGCGCGAGGCGUGCCAGCAGCGGUGCGAGCGCGGCGCAGCGCCCGAGCCGCCGCCGCAGUCCUACCCCGAGCCCUACCGGCCGCCGCAGCCGCAGCAGCCCGCCGAGCCCCAGCUCACCGCCAGAGACAUCUGCUUCAUGCCCGAGGACCCAGGCCACUGCCAGGAGUCGCAGCCCAAGUGGCGCUACGACCGCCGGGACGGCGUCUGCCGCCAGUUCGCGUACAGCGGCUGCGGCGGCAACCGGAACAACUUCGACCGCCGCGAGGACUGCGAGCAGACGUGCGCCAACGUGCAGGACGCCUGCUCGCUGCCCAAGACGGAGGGGCCGUGUCGCGCCGCCACCAGGGCCUACUUCUACAACGCGCGCCAGGACCAGUGCGAGGAGUUCCUGUACGGCGGUUGCCAGGGCAACGCCAACCGCUUCCAGGAAAAGCUAGAGUGCGAACAGCGGUGUGUCCGCGACCCCAGCCGCGCGCCGGGCCUCAACGCGCGCUUCGGCCAGCCCGGUGCCGGUGCCGAGUCCCCGCAGGCGUCGUCGUGCAGCGUGCGCGUGGACCCGGGCCCCUGCACCGAGUACUACAUCCAGUACUACUUCGACGACCGCUCCAACUCGUGCCAGCCCUUCCAGUACGGCGGCUGCGGCGGCAGCGUCAACCGCUACAACUCGGAGGAGCAGUGCGAGCGCGUGUGCGGCACGCUCCGAGGACAAGAUGUGUGCAACCUGCCGUACGAGACGGGCCCCUGCCGCGGAUCCGCGCAGAAGUGGUUCUACGACGCGGGCGUGGGCAUCUGCCGCGAGUUCAACUACGGCGGCUGCAGGGGCAACGGCAACCGGUUCUCCAGCAGCGAGGAGUGCACGGCGCUGUGCGUGCAGAAGUUCGAGCUGCCGGUGCAGACCAACGCGUCGGCGGCCGGUGCGCCGCCGCCCGAGGAGAACGCCAUCGAGACGGGUGACCGGUGCGAGGCGGCGCGCCGCGAGUGCGCCGACCUGCGCUGCCCGUACGGCGUGACGCGCAAGGUGGACGCCUCCGGCUGCGAGCUCUGCAACUGCUACAACCCCUGCGAGGGCAUGGUGUGCGCGCCCGACCAGCAGUGCGGCAUCGAGCUGGCCCGCUCCAGGGACCCCGCCGAGCCCAUGCAGUUCAGGCCCGUGUGCCGGCUCAUCAACAAGCCCGGCGAGUGCCCCGCCGUCUCCAGCCGCUCCUGCAGCACGGACUGCUACUCGGACGCGGACUGCUCCGGGGAGGCCAAGUGCUGCUACAACGGCUGCGGCCAGUCCUGUGUGCACCCCGCCAGCGACGCGGCGCCGCUGUCCACCGCGCCGCCGCCGCCGCAGCGACCCUACGAAGAGGCGUCCCCGCAGGUGCAGGUGGCCGAGCCCCAGGUCACCGCUUCGGAGGGAGGCUUCGCGACGCUGCGGUGCAUCGCCACCGGCUACCCGCUGCCCACUGUCACCUGGAGGAAGGACUCGGUCACGAUCGAGAGCGCUGGCGGCAGGCACAAGAUCCUCACGGACGGCAGCCUCCAGAUCAUCGGGCUGGUCCGCACGGACUCGGGCAUCUACCUGUGCAUCGCGGACAACGGCAUCGGCCCGGCCGUCACCAAGGAGUUCCGGCUCGACGUCACGGACCCGGUGGACCAGGAGGCGCAGGUGGUCGGCGACCUGAACGCCGAGGUGGUGGCGGUGCUGACGCAGCCCGUGACGCUGCGCUGCUACGCCUACGGCUGGCCCAAGCCCUACAUCACGUGGUGGCGCGGCGAGCGCAUGCUGCCGCUCAGCUCGGAGCAGUACGAGCAGCGCCACGACCACGCGCUGCACAUCUACAAGGUGGCCCUGCGCAACCUGGGGCCCUACACGUGCCAGGCCUACAACGGCAAGGGCAAGGCCAAUUCGUGGACGGUGACGGUGCGCGCCGUGGGGCUGCCCGAGUCCACCGGGCCCGAGGACAUCCAGUACCACCAGUACCUGCUGCCGCCGCAGAGCGCGCAGGGCGGCUCCACUUCCAGGCCGCCCUACCGGCCCUACCCGCAGUACACGCAGGCGCCCGACCAGCCCGGCCUGCCCGUCACCGAGCAGCCCAACAGGCACUUCGUCGCUCCGGUGCACACCAACAUCUCCGCGUCCCAGACCACGUUCCCCGUGGGCGGCGACGUGUCCAUCCCCUGCCAGGCCGACGGCUACCCCAUCCCCAAGGUCACCUGGUUCAAGGACAACGUGAGGCUCGACCCGUCGGACACCAUCCGCAUCGCAGAAAGCAACCGCCUCGAGGUCCUCCGUGCGGACGCCAACGCCUCGGGCACGUACCGCUGCGAGGCCGCCAACCAGUACGCCUCGCACUGGUCUGAGGUGGUCAUCACCGUCACUGGCGCCUACAUCCACCCCAACUGCACGGACAACCCCUUCUUCGCCAACUGCCAGCUGAUCGUCCGCGCGCAGUACUGCACGCACCGCUACUACGCCCGCUUCUGCUGCCGCUCGUGCACCGAGGCCGGGCAGCUGCCGUCGCACGGGCCCCACCUGGACGACACGCAGCAAGGCCCCGCCCCGAGAGGAAGAUUCGGCAGGAGGCGUCGCAGUCUGUCGAGGAAAAUGCUGAUCCAGAUAGCCCAGCUGGCUAAAUUGGCCAACCUCACCUAGUCACAUCUCUGCCACCUAAAAGAAACCAUCAGUAGUUGUUUUGAUUUUGAAUGAAUGGACCUGAUGUACAAAUAGUUUCCUAGACGAAUAAGCACUCUCAUAAAGCCGAUUUCCUUAGACUUUGCUUUACUGUAAACUUUCAAACAUUAAACCUACAAACCUAGCUGGGAGCUUGGGAGCCGUUAGUUUUAAAAAUUACCAAUUAGUUGUUCCCUAAAUGCCCCGAGAUACGUUCUUCGACUUGUGGUGAAAACAUGUCGCUUUUCGUUAUUUUGUAGAAUUAAUACCAUUCAACCAAAGCUUAAUAGGAGUUUCUUUCGAAGCACAAAUUGCCUAGAGGCAGUUACCAGCAUUAAAUCACCAUGGCGUUUAUUUAAUUUAAUAAUUAUUGAACCUUAGUUUUAAGUAGAUUUUAAUAUUACACUAAAUGUGCCAUCCCUUAUGACAAUACUUCUUAAGAAUCGAUUCUUGACAAGUUGCGCCCCAACAAGAACGCACUGCCAUUUCCCAACUAAUUUAAUACAGGCUGCACACCUGCAGUACGAGAGUAUGAAGCUAAGUUUUAUUCUGUCAAAAUAGGAGUGUAUAAUAGAUUAAUGAUUUUUUACAUCAUGUAAAUAAAAAGAAAAUGGAUAAAACUGUU